CAGACGAGCUGGUUGCACCAGGCUAAAAGUGCGUGUAGAGGCACCGCUGAGCCAGGAGCAGCGCGUCAGCUACUCCCUGAGGGACACCAUGAAGGUCCACUACGCCCUCGCGGCGAUGGCCGCAAGCGCAAGCGCGCUCAUCGCCCCUGCAGCGAUGCCGAGAGCGCUGGUCGCCAGGCCGGCGCCGACCGCCGACGCCACCGUCCUCGAGGUACCGCGGCCGCGUCAUCUCUUUUCUAUGUCCUUCGAAAUGGCUCUUGCGGCUGGAUAGCCUCACCAGCUAUUCGGUUGCACCCGAGAGCAAACUCGAGAGCGAAUUGAAGCGGGCGAGGCAGCGCCGUCUCGCGACGGAGCUGAUUCAGCCUAUUGUAUCCGUGGCCGAGUUGGUCUUUCUUCAACAAAAGAAGAGCCAAGAAGGCGUUGGAUUUAAGCCCCAAUCUCUCCGGAGGCGUGGGUUCGAACCCCACCGGAUGCAAACUCAUCGAGAGACCGAUUGGCGCAACGGUAGCGCGUCAGAUUCCAGUCCUGAAGGUUACGUGUUCGAAUCACGUAUCGGUCAAGCGCCCGACGGUACAACACGCAGGCCUGCCGACGAAACACGAAGAAGGAGAAGCGCCAGCGCAACCAGGAGAACAUGCGCAAGUUCAAGAAGGGCGCGCCGCCGACGGCGCGCGGCGGCGGCGGCAAGAAGAAGACCAUGUCGCGCAAGAAGCUCACCCUGAAAGCGCAGGCCGCCGUCGAGAAGGGCCGCGAGGCGACGUUCAUGUCGAAGCUGUUCCUGGCGACGGGCGGCGCGCUCGAGGAGAAGCUGGACCUCGGCGUCCUAUAAAUACGGGGAGGGGUGUGUCUAUUAAGUACCUUUGC